CUUGGGCUCGACAUGCAUGUGGUCUCUGCUCCACAAAGAUAACAACAAUGCAUACGUCACUCAACGUGACGACGACUCAUCAGAGGCGUUCAAGGAUGGAUGGGUAACGGUGUUCAACAGCGAACGGUAAAUCGGAUAGUAGAAAGCGUUUGCGGUGUGUGUGUGGUCUUUUCAACAAUCGGAUGGCGCGGCUGGCAAAGAUUACGAGACGAGAUAGAUGCACCUUAACGUGACAUACAGGCCUCAGAAGAGGGAAAGGGGGACUACGAUGAUACCUCAACGAAUGGCAUGGCUUCAUGGGCUACAUAAUACAAGACAAUGUUCAACCUGGUACCGUAUUCGUGUCUUGCGUCCUGGUUUGUCUCAUAAGUCGUGUCUCAGGUCAUCGAACUGUUGUAGAAGAAAAUAACUCAGUGCUAUGUUGGAUGAUUACAC